AGAACCUCAAGCUCAAACAGUUUGCUUAUCCCCUCCCUCUCCUCCUCCUCCUCCGCCCAUGGCCAUGGCGACCACCCCCGUCACCUCGCUCGCGAUGGCCAUGGCCGCUGCCUCCGCCGACGCAUCCCCGGCGGGACACAAGCUCUCCGCGCUCCCCUUCCACCACCUCCUCUUCUCCCGCGCGCCGCCGCCGCUCCUCCGCGCCGCCCGCCGCCUCCCCCUCGCGCCGCUCGUCGCCUCCUCCGACGCCGCCGCUGCCGCCGAGGCAGGGGUCGAGUGGAGUGAGACGGAUACGGAGGCGGAGGCGGAGGCUGAGGAGGGAGGUGAGGUUCCCCAGGAGGAGGUCGAGGAGCAGCCGGAUGAGGAGGAGGCAGUGAUGGCCUCCGGGGAGGGGGAGGAGGAGGAGGAGGAGGCGGUGGAGGAGUUCGCUGCGGAGCCUCCCGAGGAGGCCAAGGUGUACGUCGGCAAUCUGCCGUACGACGUCGACAGCGAGGGCCUCGCCCAGCUCUUCGACCAAGCCGGCGUCGUCGAGGUCGCCGAGGUCAUUUACAACAGAGAGACAGGGCAGAGCCGUGGAUUUGGGUUCGUCACCAUGAGUACCGUCGAGGAAGCCGACAAGGCCAUUGAGAUGCUUAACCGCUAUGAUAUCAGUGGAAGGCUUCUGAAUGUUAACAGGGCAUCUCCUAGGGGUUCUCGUGUUGAGAGACCACCUAGGCAGUUUGCACCUGCUUUCAGGGCUUAUGUUGGGAACCUACCAUGGCAAGUGGAUGACUCUAGGUUGCUGCAAUUGUUCAGCGAGCACGGAGAAGUAGUUAACGCUCAAGUCGUCUAUGACAGAGAAUCUGGGCGUUCUCGAGGUUUUGGCUUUGUAUCCAUGGCCUCAAAGGAGGAGCUCGAUGAUGCUAUUUCUGCCCUUGAUGGACAGGAAUUGGAUGGCCGCCCACUUCGAGUGAAUGUUGCUGCGGAGCGACCACCGCGAGGCUUUUGAUGCAAUGGUGGUGGAGAACAGAACAUGGCUGCAUGUUUCUUUUGAUCACUAGUGAACAUUCCAGCAAGAAUUCUCAGGUGCUAUGCUACGGAGGAAGCUGAUGGUUUUCAUUUACAGAGCGCGCAUUAGCUUCCUGAUAUUGAGUUCUCUUGUCCCACUUUUUUUAUGUAUGCCUUUCAAGCUGAUGUUAUGUCAAGUUCUUCUCAACAAUAUGAGUUCAACUUUCUAAGUAGGAUAUUUGUAAUGAUGUCCUUAGUGUUUUUCUCUCCAACAUUAUAUACUCUAAAUAGGAGCAAAUGUAUGGCAGCACAGCCGUGCUCAUAUGUGUUA